AGAUAAAUUACAUUCUGAUUGGUCGUUGAAUUAUUCCCAAUUAAGAAAUUACUCUUCACUUACCCAUUAAUAACUGAUCAUGAUAAUAAUAUUUAUAGAUAAAACGUUUAAAAGAGGGAUUUUUAAAAAAAACAGUUAAAAUAAAGGUCAAAUCAAUUUGGUCAAUAAUAAGCAAUUUAAUAACUAUAAUACAAUAGACGUUUAAUCCUUAAAAAAAGGUUACUUUAAAUCACAAUAAAAUAUGGAAAAUAUAAUUGAACGGUAUGAUUGAAACGAAUGGAACUAUAAGAAAAUAUAGAUUAACCAUUACAAAUGAAACUACUUCAAAUUACUUGAAUGAUCAUUUCUUGCAUAAAACAUACCUCAUAAACUUUUAUUGCUUUGAAUAAGUGAAAAUAUCAUUGAACCCCAAUGUACAUUGAGUCCUCUGGAGGUUACACCAAAAAAUGGGUUGGUCGUAGUCAUACAGCUACGGCUUAUGGUCCAGAUAGUACAAUGGCAGGAACUCAUUGGUCUGGUGCCUCAUUGAAAACUAAGAUUCGAAAAACUCUUGUAAAUCAACCACAAUCCGUACCACAGUUAUCCCCAAUGGCAUAUUUAUCCCCAAAACAACAACCAGAUUUUCGUUCAUUGAAUGGUUCAUUACCAGUGACUAAUAAUCAGUAUCCAUUUCUAAAACGCGACUCAUUAUUUGUUUGUAACAGUAGUCCAGGACCGAAUACGACUGUAACAGGACGUGAAUUUGUUGAUAAUAUACGAGAGAAAUCAAUUCCAGAAAUUCAAACUGCUCCAACAUCCCUUGAUCGACUCUAUUCACCUCAUUUGCUUACUACAAAUAUUUCAAACAAUAAUAAUAACACUACUGUCAAUAUUACUACUUCUUCUGAUACAGCUUUUUUCAAUAAUAAUAAUAAUAGUAAUGAGAUGUGUUAUUCGAAUGGAUCAAAAGAAUCAAGAAGUUUAUCAAAUGAUAUAGCAUUUCGAAUAAAAGAGAAAUUCGAUCAACGUGUAUCAAAGCAUUUAUCAAAAUCUAAUCGAAAAAUAAAAUCAAAUGUAUAUACCUAUACAUCACAAUAUCAUUUACUUGCAGUAUUUUUAGUCAAUAAAGGUCAUGUAGAAGCAUGGUAUGCAUAUGCACCAAUGCCAAAUCAUUACAAUAAUAAUCAACAAAAUGAAUUAGGACAUACUCGUUUAUUAGAAUUAACACAACGUCGAUUACGUUUACUUCAACGUUAUUAUUCUGAUUCUAGACAAUAUGUUGUACUCUAUGUGAAUAAUAAUAAUUCUGAACAUUAUUUACCAAUGGGAUUAGUUAAUGAGGUGAAUAGUAAAUCGAGUAAAAAUAAAAAUCAUAUCUUAUCAAUAAAUAAAGAAGUAUUUGAAAAGGAUAGAUCAAUUUAUCGAUUUAUCAAUUCAUUAUUACCGAAUAAUAUGAAAUUUGUCAAUACUACUGAUAAUAAUAACAGUAGUGAUAAACAGAUAUUUGUAAAUAAAAAAGUAAAUAGUACUAAAUGCAUAAAUGAUGAGAAGUUAACAAAUAAAAUAGAUGAACAUCAGUAUCAAUUGAGUCGACAACGACAACAACAACAACAAGCGAUUAAUAAUCAAACUGAAGAGAAACAGUUCAGUGAAACAGAACAACUAGUCAAAGCGACAAAUUCAAUAAAUCAUCGACCGAAUCUUUGGAGAAGAUUACUUGAGCAUUUGAUAUCACAUCAUCAAUCCACUGAUAGUAGUACUAUUAGUAGUAAAAAAAAUAGUUAUGAAGAUGAUGAUGAUAGUAAUAAUAAUAACAGUACUAAUAUUGAUAAGGAAAAUUGUUCUGACAAUAUCAAUGAAAAUGUUGAUUUCAACUGUUAUGAAAAGUGUCUACAUUUGGACAGUUGUCUGGCUAAACAGCUUAGUACUUGUCCUGUAACACCAUCGUCAACUACAAUAACCAUGAAUGCUACUAAGAACAUAUGUAGAAAUAAUUUUAAUAUUGGUCAAUGUAGCAAUCACGAUUAUAACAAUAAUAAUAAUAAUAAUAAUAAUAAUAAUAAUUGUCGAAGGAUGAAAAAGAAAGAUUGCUUCACUUCAUUUAAAACAAAAACAACGAAUGAUAAUUUAUCAAGUAUACACCAAAUCUGUACUGAUGAUAAGUUAUCUGAUGUUAGUAAAUAUGAUGCUGAUAGUCAACAAACUAUUGAUGAUAAAGAAGAUGGUCAAGAAAAAGACGAAAUUAAACCAAUCAAAAAAUUGUCAGAUUAUGAGGAGAUAUGGUUGCCUAAAUUUUGUGAUUUGUAAAUUUACUCGUAAAUGUAUGUAGUUAAUAUAAAAAUAAUCUCAUUGAUCAGAUUUUUAAACAUGAAGAAAUGAGGAAUUCACAAAACAGUAAAAGAUGGUCGGAUCAGUUGAGAAAGAAAUCCUGGACAAAUCUCAUUGCCUUCUUUAAUCAAGUCAUGAUUAGUUGAUAAAAAGUAAACAAAAAUAGUAACUGAAAUCUUUGUUACAAGUCACUAUUUUCAUUAACACUAGUACAUACUUCAAUAAAAACUACUUUGAUAUUAAUGCUCAAAUAUUGUGAAUAAAAGUCCAUAUUUCUGAAUUACAAGAAUGUCUUGUUUGUUGUUUGACAAUCAUCUAUAAUUAAAUUGCCUAAAUGAAAACAGGUAAAUAGAGAAUUCAUCUAUGCACAUUUGUAUCCAAUGUACGUCGUGUAGAAAGAUAGCACAAUAAAUUUGAAUUACCAAUCUGAAGGUGGGUUUUUAGUGAAAAGAUAUGGUAACUAAGGUUCGACCCGUUAGGACAGAUGUCAUCGAUGACACUGAACAGUGGUACCACAAUAUUAUGAAACGAUGUGACAUACAGAUCCUUGCCUUUUGACUUGAUGAGACUACAUGUAUACUACUGAAAAAAUUAGGACUAGGGUAAAACAAAUGCUCCCUAGUUUUUAAGUUGGAAUAAGUGUUGCGUAAAUUAUCUUCGACUUGAACAUUAUUGACAGGCAGUCUAACCUAAUAUAAACGAUGCAACUACAAACAAAUGUAAUAUCCAAUAUAGCUCUUACAUUGUUCUUAUACUAGUAUAAGUGGAUGCUCAAUAGUUAAAUAUUACACAACACAACAAUUUAACUCAAUUUGUAAUUAUUUUUUCAAUAAUACGCGAAGAGAUUUUCAAAAAUAACUGUGUAAGAUGGUUACAGCGACGAAAAUCAAUAAUAGCAUCAACUGAGGGGUUUGUUUAGUUUCAAUUUUUCUUCUCAAUCAGUUAUGUCUAGUUAUUGGUAUAUUUGAACUGUGAUUAGUAGUGAAAUUACGAGUACAUAUUUUCUACCAUGUAGGGCUUGUUAGUUGGACGUACUAGUAUUUCACUGUCGAGGUUCAAACUGAGACUUGAACUGAGUAUCUAUAGCUUCUAACACUAACAUUUUAUUCCCUAACGUAUUACUCUGAGAUAUGAAACUAAUCUUACAACAAAUCAAAAGUAGUCAUUUUGUGUAGAACAAGAUAUGCUUUACUGUGUUACAAUUUCAUUUUAUAGUAUUGUUUUCACUUUCUUGGUAAAUGGUAGGUAGGAUGAAAAUGUAAACAAACUAAAAUGCUACUGACGGGAGUCCUCAAAGAUUAUCCAAUCGCAAAGUUCGCACAACCCUUAGACCUGAGAAUCGACAUCUGAUGUUUAGCCACUAGCCAUGAGACCUGAAGGUCAUGGACUCAAUAUCUGGCUGAGUAGUUGGUCAACACUGAUGUUAAGUCCCAUACUGGGUCGAAAUAUUGAUCUAGUGUAUCUUGGUUUUUGAUGUGUGGUAGUUAGAGUAAAAAAUGAUUGGUCAUUGAGUGUGGACAAACGGGCACUUACCUACUAUUAAAUGAUUCCUUUUCCUCAUUGAUUUCCGCUUCGGACUAACCAAAUGUGACUGCUUGUAAUCGUGUUGAAUAAAGCAUUAUCUAGUGUUAAUAAGGUUCAUUAUUUUGGAUCGUGAAUCCUAGAUCUGAUAUAACGCAACUGAUCUUAUUAUCGUAGUAUACUCGUGCGAGAAAAAAUAUUUUAAACAGUUUGUUAUAUCAGUCUUUAGUAGUUGUUUAAUUAGUCCCUAACUUAUAUAACAAAGUUAAACGGACUCAAUCACAUAUUCUACGUGCUCUCUGUUCAAGACAUACACUAACCUUUCUUAUAAAAUUUUAUUCUUUUGGUUAGCAAAGUGAUUUUAACGAUGUUAUAAAUAUAUAGAUUCUACAUAAUUAUCACAAAAUGCGAAGGUGAUUCCAAUUACUGUUUACUGUAUGUUUGAUAGAUGACAAUUCUUAACUUCAUAUCAUUACAUCAUUAAGAGUAAUGUAAACAAAUAGGUUGGUAUUUGGUCAUAAUUGUGUAGUUAAUUAUAUUGCUCUGAAAUACCUACAAAAACCCUAAAUAAAAAAUGUAUAAAUCCAUAUCUCGAUUCACUCAUCAAGAGGCUGAAAUCAUACAGUAAAUAAAAAACAAAACAUGAAGUGCCCCCGAAUGCCCUGGUACGGCCGAG